CUUCUCCAUGGCCACGUCAACGCCCCCCGUGCUCCUCACGACGGCCGUUGCUCCCCCCGCGUUGCCAGGGAAGAAGAUGCAAAACCCUCAGGUGAAGUUUUUCAUCGGUGCUGGAGUUGGUUGGACGUACGAGUUUGCGGCCGGGCACUUCCUCGAGUUCAUCAAAGUCAUGAAGCAAACCCAGAGCCACAAAUCGUAUUUGGAACUGGCCCGCGACAUCACAAGGUCCAAGGGCAUUGUUGGCAUCUGGGAUGGUUUUUUCCCGUGGGGCACAGUCCAGGCGCUGGCAAAGGGAUCGGUGUUCAGCUGGGGUCAAGCAUUUUCUCGCGCUCAACUCAGCCCCCUCGUGAAACAAGGAUAUCUUUCGGAUCGCAUGGCCGAAAUCAUGUCAGGAGGCCUCGGCGGUGGGAUUCAAGGCAUUGUGUUGAGCCCAACGCUUCUUCUCAAGACUCGUGUCAUGACUGAUCCGGUAUUCCGAACCAAAAUGUCAGGGUGGGAAACCAUUACCAAAUCCGGGCAAGUUGGCAUGAACGUCAUCCGCAACGAAGGCGUGCCUGCACUCAUGAAGGGCAGCGUUGUGUUUUCGUUGAAACGUGUUGCGGACUGGUCGACGCGUUACUUUUUCUGCGUCCUCAGCGAAGACGUUAUGUACCGUCGUGGGGACCCCACGCGAAAGAUCACAGUGUCGGAAGAGUUGGCAGCGUCACUCGUCGGUGGAACGCUGUCGUGCUUGGCGACGCUGCCCGUGGACGUUAUGGUGGCUCAAAUUCAACAAGCAUCAAAGGCUGGCGCGAACGUCGGGAUCGUCGACACGUUCAAGAACGAAUUCGCGCAGGGCGGGGUGAAGCGUCUGGUCGGGUUCGCCAUGGGAGGAUUUGUGCCCCGGUGUCUGCACGUUGCGUUCACUACAAUGGUGAUGAAGACGGGGUGCAGUGCGGUCUACUCUAUAUACGAAGAAUACGCAGAAGCCAAUUAAUUAACGAUGCUAGAGUUGUCUACGACU